AUGUUUAUUUCGAAAACAAUUUCAAAUCCGUCAAAAAAACUAAAUAUCAAUAUACCUUCUCAUUCCAAACAAACAACCUGUAAACUAUUCGUGGGUAAUCUGGCUACCCACACAACAAGUACACAUUUACAGUCGAUCUUUCAUACCUAUGGACAAAUCAUCGAAUGUGUGAAAGUACGCGAAAGAUACGGUUUCGUUCGCUUUUCUACUAACGAAGAAGCCCAACAAGCAUUGAAUGCUUGUAAUGGAAUACAAUUAAAUGGCUAUCCCAUGAUUGUCGAAUAUGCUCAAAAUGAAAUUCUUAUCAGCCCGAAAUCGCCACGGAAUUCUUGUCGAUAUCAGUCAAAGAAGCUACCACCACCAGUUCCUGUGAAUCAAAACGAUGACAUGCCUUACUUAACAGUUGAGACGCACAAAUACACAUCUUCAACUUUAAAUCCUGAUGCGUCAUCAUUCACGUUGGCUUGUUCGACCAGCGAUUAUUGUUCACAAUCGGAUCGACCAUCAAGUCGUUCAUCUUCCGAACGAUCGAACUGUCUCUCACCGUCGAUUCUUUCUGCCACAUUGCCCGUCUCAUGUUCAGACGACGAUGAAGACGAUGAACAAAAUUAUCGCAAAACUCUCCAUGAUAAACGACAAUCUUUGAACGUCUUUAUCGGUGAUCGUAUAUUGAGAUUAUAUGGCCCAAAUAUGGAUGUAAAUAAUAAUCAAACAUCCAUACCGUUUGACAAUCGGGAUAUCGAUCCACGUGACCCAAUCUUUAUCUGGAAUUUCGCCUUUUAUCCCGAUGUGUCUAUAAGUCCAUUCGUUAAACGUUCGGAUAUCAAAACUUUACUCGAACGCCGUGUUUCACUCUACUCUCAAUAA